AUGAGUCAAUACUCGUCGUCAGAGCACCUUUCCGAGAUGUUGGAAUGCAUGAGAGUUGGGACUGGUCGUUUCGACAGUAAUGACAGUUGUCCGUCAAAUGAAGAUCCGUCAAACGUGUAUCGGCCACGAAGUAGAAGUUUGACCAGUCCCAUCAAACUCCAUUCGGACUUCCAUCUGGAUGUUGUCAACCGGAAUAGUGUCUACAAAGAGCGUUUUCCCAAGGCAAAGGUCCAAAUGGAAGAAAAACUGGCGGCUUUUGUCGCUGAACAAGCGCCGCUCAGCGGUGGCUCGUCGACGGGAGACAAUGACACGGGUCAAGAAGGCGUGAAUAAUCGCCGUUCCAUGGUAGCAUCGGAUUGUUUGGCUCGAUCUCGUGAUGAAACUAUAUCGUGCUCCUAUUUUUGCGAGAUGAGUCAGAGGCUUGAUGAGACGCUGAAUGAGGAGUUUGAUCCGGAUGAGUUUUACCAUCUACUCGAGGAAGCUGAAAGGUGUCGGAAGCUUCGUUCUGGAUGCGACCAUGCAUGGAUGUUGAACCCCGAGCAGAAAAUCACCGUCCACAUGCUUCAACGUCCACCAGCUGUUGUCACAUCGCGCGAGUGA